UUCAUCUAGUCUUGUUCUGAAGAGCCCCCGCGCAUAUCCUCAAGGGAAAUCUAUCAGGUCCUGCAAGGACUGAUGCUGCUGAUGUUACAGAACAGCAUCAGUCCCGUGAGCUCGUGCUGCCUGUGCAGUGCUGCCUUUGGCCAGAAAGUGACAGGGAACGGUGGCUUCUUGCCUCACCUGCUCGCAGUGGGACUGCAUAGACUUCAGCUUCUCCAGUUAGGCAGGUCUGUGCCAGGACCAUGGGAGCCGCGCUGGGCACUGGCGCGCGGCUGACCUUCUUGCCUCGCAUAGCCUGCGUCAGUCUUCGGCUCCAGGCACCCUCUGCACCCGCCCGGGGCUGCCACUCCAAGUCUGGCCCGCCUCGCCCCGUACCCCUGAAGAAGCGCGGAUACGAUGUCACCAGGAACCCCCAUCUCAACAAGGGCAUGGCCUUUACACUUGAAGAAAGGCUACAGCUUGGUAUCCACGGCCUGAUCCCCCCCUGCUUCCUCAGCCAGGAUGUCCAGCUCCUCCGCAUCAUGAGAUACUAUGAGAAUCAGCAGAGUGACCUGGACAAGUACAUCAUUCUCAUGACUCUCCAAGACCGCAAUGAGAAGCUCUUCUACCGGGUGCUGACCUCAGAUGUGGAGAAGUUCAUGCCCAUUGUGUACACACCCACUGUGGGGCUGGCCUGUCAGCACUACGGCCUCACCUUCCGCCGACCUCGUGGGCUGUUUAUCACCAUUCAUGACAAGGGCCACAUUGCAACAAUGCUGAACUCUUGGCCAGAGGACAAUAUUAAGGCUGUGGUGGUGACUGAUGGAGAGCGCAUACUGGGCUUGGGAGACCUGGGCUGCUACGGCAUGGGCAUCCCUGUGGGCAAGCUGGCCCUGUACACAGCAUGCGGAGGGGUGAAUCCACAGCAGUGCCUUCCUGUCCUGCUAGAUGUCGGCACCAACAAUGAGGAGCUUCUCAAAGAUCCCCUGUACAUCGGCCUGAAACACCAACGUGUUCGUGGGGAGGAGUAUGAUGACCUGCUGGAUGAAUUCAUGCAGGCUGUGACAGAUAAGUUCGGAAUAAAUUGCCUCAUCCAGUUUGAAGACUUUGCCAAUGCCAAUGCCUUCCGUCUACUCAACAAAUACCGCAACAAGUACUGUAUGUUCAAUGAUGACAUCCAAGGCACAGCCUCUGUUGCUGUGGCAGGGAUCCUGGCUGCUCUGAGAAUCACCAAGAACAAACUGUCCAAUCAUGUGUUUGUUUUCCAGGGUGCGGGUGAGGCAGCCAUGGGCAUCGCCCACCUCCUUGUCAUGGCCCUGGAAAAGGAAGGCAUACCCAAGACAGAGGCCAUAAGGAAGAUCUGGAUGGUGGACUCCAAGGGUCUGAUUGUCAAGGGUAGAAGCCACCUAAACCAUGAGAAGGAGAUGUUUGCCCAAGACCACCCUGAAGUCAACUCCCUGGAGGAGGUAGUAAGGCUGGUGAAGCCCACAGCAAUUAUAGGUGUCGCUGCCAUCGCAGGAGCCUUCACGGAGCAGAUUCUGAGGGACAUGGCCUCCUUCCAUGAGCGCCCUAUCAUCUUUGCCCUGAGCAACCCCACCAGCAAGGCUGAGUGCACAGCUGAGAAGUGCUACCAGGUCACCGAGGGCCGAGGGAUCUUUGCCAGUGGAAGUCCUUUUAAGAGUGUGACUCUGGAAGAUGGCAGGACAUUCACUCCUGGUCAGGGAAACAAUGCCUAUGUGUUUCCUGGGGUAGCACUGGGCGUCAUUGCUGGUGGGAUCCGACACAUCCCUGAUGAAAUCUUCCUCCUGACGGCAGAGCAAAUUGCCCAAGAAGUCUCUGAGCAGCACCUGUCCCAGGGGAGACUGUACCCACCACUCAGCACUAUCCGAGAUGUGUCUCUGAGAAUUGCAGUCAAAGUCCUCGACUAUGCAUACAAACACAACCUGGCCUCCUACUAUCCAGAGCCGCAGGACAAGGAGGCUUUUAUAAAAUCUCUGAUCUACACUCCAGACUACGACUCCUUCUCACUAGAUACCUACAGCUGGCCCAAGGAAGCUAUGAGCGUUCAGAAGGUCUGACGCAGUCUCCAGAGGUUGUUUGGGGUGGAUGAAGAAGUACAAUAUAAAUGGGUUCCAAAAUGGCCAGUCUUGUCUCCGUGGUUAUGUUUGUCAUUCGUUUUCCUUUGGGUUUGGGGGUAGAUGCUAAAGCAUACAGCGAUGACAGCUUUGUUCCUGAAGGCCCUGGAGGCUCACCUUCUUAUAACCCUUUUCUGAUUUCCUUCCUGAAUAUGAACUACUAACCAAGCCUUGUGGAAAUUUCUACCUGGAAUCCCACCUUUGUAGAGCUCAAGGUUUAGAUUGGACAUGAGUCCUUUUUCAUAACAGAGAAAGUGUUACGUUCAUGGAGAAAAAAAAAAAUGUUCAUAUAGAAGUCAGAGUGCUCUGAGAAGAAUGGGCACGUCCUAUAAAGACAAAGGGAGAACUGGCUUUGGACUUUGCCCCAAGAGGAAAGGAUGGGCUAAGUCAUACACACUCAAGAAAUGCAAGCAAAGCUACUUGCUAGAAAAUGAGAUCCACUCAUCAGAAAGUUAAUCCCUUUCAGAAGAAUACAUUAUCUUCAAGACUCAGUAGGAUGUGGGGGCAGAGUGGCUAGAGGCUCAUCAAGAAGGCUCACCACCCUUUGGGUUGUUGAAGACUGUACAUUCUUUCCUGUCAUUACUAAAAGGAAAACUGGAGAAAUAAGGAUGAGAAGGGUCAGCAUGCCAAAGAAUGAGGAAAGAGAGAAGCAAUGAGAGUAAACAGCGUGGGAAGAUGUUGAUUCAAUGUCUAAGGGAGACGAUUUAAUGUUCCAGGUUCUGGGACAGACUCUCCUUCCCAUCCCCCACACUGACCUAAUUGAGCAAGUCAAACCAGUUUGCUUGGAGAGGUGACAUCAGUCUGUCCUUGGUGUUUCUGAGGCCAGUUUAGUGAAAACUUCUACCUCGCCCAUGUUCAGGAGUGCUCACACUCCAAGACAAACAGUAAAGAAUGACUUGGAGCCCCUGCUGUGACCCAUCUCAUUUUACCCUAUAAGUCAUGCUUAAGACCUACCCCCCGCUGUCUCCUUGGCCACGAUUCCUGCUGCAUAUAACAGUAGGUCCGACUUGACUGCCUCUCAGUUCAAGCCAGGUAAACUAAUAAGAACCAUGGAAAGAAUUUAGCAGAUUCAUGCAUCAACCGCCCCUUAUUUGGGUCUUAUUCUUCCAAUAUCAGCUUCUUUGGUGCUAGUUCUCAGCCAACAAUGUCCCCAAAGCAUAGACCUAAAUGCAAAAGGUAAAACUAUACAUUUCUAGAAGAGAAUAAAGCAGUCAGUCCUUGUGAAGACUCCCCAGUAAAUCUCUGAUUACAAUCUCACAUGUAAUGUCUGUGUCCCUAGGAAUACAACUCGCAAAAGAUGGAAGAAACUGGCUAAGGUUUCCAAUUUUCUGAUCUAUUGCAUCAGCCCCACAUGGCCUCCAAGAGCCUUGUCGGAUUUCUCAUUUCCUCAGAAGAAAUCUGCCUGGACCCAACUUAACCCUUUUUAUCCCAUGUCCAGGACCUGUAAAUGCACCCAGAGAAGAAAAUGGCUGCUUAUAUCAGAAAGGCUCCCUCCAUUGCUCGUUGAAGAAAAUGGCUGCUUAUAUCAGAAAGGCUCCCUCCAUUGCUCGUUGAUAUUCCUCUCAGAGUUCUCACAUAUGGAUUUUGAAAUAUCUUCCUAUUUUUUUUUAUUGGUGCAGAUAGUGUCUUGGGGUCCCAUCAUCUACUAUAUCUUAUGCAGAGAAUUAGAAGUUUCUAGACAUAGACUUUCAGAAUUCCAGAUGUACUCUUAAUAUCACUGAAUUAUAGUCAAAGAAUUUGUUGGGGAAUUUUUUGUCAAAUGUUAUGAUCAAAUUUAAUUACAAACCUAUAUGUACACCAACAUGGUUGCAUGAAAUACCUUUUGUUUUGAAGGUUAUUAUUUUAACCAAUUCUAUAUAUUACUGAAUUUUUUGUCUACUCAACCUAUUUCUGAAAGAUAAGCAGAGUUGUGGGAAACUUCAUUUUCCUUGUAUCUCUGACCAUAUUUACUUUAUAUCUUUUGGCCCAGUGUUACUAGGUGUACAAAGUUUAGAAUUGUUAUAAUUUAUGGUAAACUCAAAACUGUAAACCCUUAUGAUUAACUUAAAAAUGCAUUUGUUUUGUCAUGCCAUAUCUUGAAUAUCAUAUCAUAUCUUGGAA